AGUGAGUAACCGUCAGUCCCUCACUCAAGACAGACCGCAGAAAUGUCAGAAACACCCAUCGUCCUCGAAGGCACCCUCGCCGACCUCCCACAGAUCGUCGAUCUCCUCAUGCCCUCGCUCGACACCAGCAUCCCCGGCACAACCUUCUCCGACGCGCCCGUGUACACGCCCGGUAUCGUCGAGUCGCGCAUGCGCCCGCGCCUCUUCCCCCCGCGCACGCUCAAGCUGUACGUCCUCGCGCUCCCCUCCACGGGCGAGGUCGUCGCGUACGCGAACGUCAAGCCCGCGCCCGCGGAGGCGCAGGUGUACACGAGCGGGUUCACGCUUAGCGCGGACGAGCAGCAGGACGAGCUGGACAUGUUCUUCGUUAAAGUGGAUAUGGGCGGGCGCGGGUACGGCGGAAUGCUGCUGGAGGCGGUCCAGAAGGACUGGGUCGGGCGCGGGGGGCUGCAGUUGCAUGUGUUCAAGAAGAACGCGCGCGCGAUCCGGUUCUACGAGCGAUUCGGCUUUCGACUGGUGCCGGGAGGGGAGGUGGAAUGGCCGCUGGAGCUGAAGGAGCCGCGGGACGAGACAGCGAGUCUGAUGAACUGGAAACCGUCUUCAUGAUCGUAUUGCAGGUUAGUAACCGCGCCGCGCAAGAGUGUUGUAUGGCGAUCGCGGAAUGAGAGAGAGAGCAAG